AUGAUCCACAGGUCGCUCUUUAGGAGGGUUGCUCGAAGGAGUUUGAGGAAAAGGAUAGUUGGGUGUGGCUUUACGACGUUUAUGUUCGACCUUGGAAUGAGUUGGCCGAACGACGAUGAUGGAGAAGAGCCAGUUGGUUCUUCAGGAGUCCGCCUCCCAACUUCCUCCCUAUACUCCACUCAAGUUUGUAGAUCCUCCACAGGAUACGGGGUUUCAGAUCCUGACGGAGACCUCGGGUCAGACUCUUGGGAGGAGGCCAGGGACUUAUUGUUGAGGGAUAGGGAAUGCCCGGUGGCGGGAACCUCGACCUCGUUCAUCGUCGCAGUCAAACGAGGUGACUGCUUUGAUACCAACGGUGGCCGGCAUUCCAAUCCCGCAUUUUGGUCCCUCGUCGACCUCCGAGCCGUCCAACCAAAGCAUGGCCACAAGAUCUUUGCCCCUGUCGACAAUGUCCAGACCUUCGAGCCGCAUUUGCCAAAUGACCAAGUAGAUUUUGAAACAUCGUUUGAUUAG